UUUAAUUCGAGUCAUUUCUUUUUGUCUUUUUCUAGUAAAAAUUGAAUUUUUUAUUGAAUUUUUCAAUUAAAUUUUGUGCUUGCCAUUAUCUAUUAAACAUUUUACUGCGCUGUAUACUCGUCGAUCGUAAUUACUCGUGAUUAUACAAUGAAUGAAAAUGGUAUAACUACAUUAUCAACAACAACAGCACCAGUGACAAGAGUUGAAAUGUUGAACGAAAAUCGAAAUGUUUCAAAUUCAGAAAAUACGCAACAUAAUACGUACGAUGGAUACGAGUCAGAACUGGUGGAAGAUUCUAGAAUUACCGUAACAAAGGAUCUAUUCCUCUGCAGAAUUUGCUACAAUUGUGAUCAGAUUGAAAGAUUUAUUUCGCCAUGUGACUGCAAAGGAUCUCUUUACUAUGUACACAAACAGUGUUUGGAGCGUUGGCUCAGUCGUGCUGGAAUUUUGCAUUGCGAGCUGUGCAUGUUCAGAUUCCGAACAAAAUACACAUUAAGAUAUAGCUGUUGCCAGGCUAUCCGGUUGUGGUAUAAACACCCAAACCAUCGGGGACUCAUGCAGUCUGAUGCCAUGCUCUGUACAACAUUAACGGCCAUCAUUCUGGGUUUGCUGGCAAUUGUUUGUUUUGGGUUAGAGUAUUUCAUACCGGAGGGACAGGAAGAUAGAUUCUCUGAACGAUGGAUGAGGGCAACUACCAUUGCACUGCUUGUUGUGUCGUUGAUGGCUUACCUACUCUUUGUCAUAUUUAUGAUAAGGCAACAACUGUGUCCAUUCUAUCGAUGGUGGAGAUCAUCAAGAAUUGUUCGAGUUAUUUUACCAGACGUUAUAAACAAAAACAAUUUCAAUCAUCAAGAACUCUCCAAGAUCUAAUUCUGAAGUUUACGUUACAAUAAAAUUGAAUGGACUGUUAAAUUGUCGUGUGUGUGUG